AAAGGAGUGGACUUUUAUGCUCGAACUACGCUCAGCAUAAUUACCCAACUUAAUUGCAAAUUGGCAUUAGCACCUUCUUCUUCUACUACUUCGGGGGGGGGGACUUCUGUAUAUACAAUUUUUUCUUUCAAUUUUUUCCUCCAAAUUUUCUCACCUUUGCUCUCCAGAUACAAACAAAAAACUAUCACGAGCUUAAAAAGUUGGAGAAAUUCUGGACUAAACGAACAAUGGAUUACCAUCAUUAACGCAAACAAAGUAAAAUUUGCUCGGGCUUCUCAGUCUCCAUAGGAUAUCUACCAACGACCUCUAGCUGAUUACAAGCUUGGGGAAGAGCAUUCAUCUGUGUGAGAUCAUUCGGGUAUGGUACUCGGUUUGAGGUCAAAGAAAAAAAGGGGUGCUUCGGUUCAAAUUGAUUACCUUGUCAAUGUAGUGGAGAUUAAGCCUUGGCCCCCAUCUCAGUCUUUGAGAUCGGUUCAGUCCCUAUUGCUUCAGUGGCAAAAUGGUGAUCAAAAUUCUGGUUCUUUCCUAACUGUUGCUGGGGAUGCGAACAUUGCGUUCAACGAGUCCUUUGCACUUCCUGUAACUUUACAUCCAGAUAAAAAGGCCCGCGAUAAAUUUCAGAAGAAUUACUUGGAGUUCUCAUUGUAUGAGCCUCGUAAAGAAAAAGCCACUAAAGAGCAAUUGUUAGGGACAGCUAUAAUAAAUCUAUCAGAUUUUGGAGUAAUCGAAGAUGUUUUGCCCAUUAUUGCUCCACUGAACUUCAAGAAGACUUCCAAAAGCUCACCGCAGCCAGCUCUUUAUUUUCAAGUAGAGCCCCUAGAUAAGGGCAGUUCGAAGUCCUCACCCAAUGUGAGAUCCUCCAGAACAUCAUUGGACCAGGAUGGCCAAGAAGCCCAUGCGGAAUUCAAUGGUGACGACUCUGAGAUAGCUUCUUUCACCGAUGAUGAUGUUUCUUCUCAUUCGUCUCAGACAGUUGCCUCUUCUGUGUUUGAUGCUGCAAGGGCUUCACCAUCUCAGAGUGAUAAGAAUGGAUUGGGGGCAGUCAAUGAAAUUACAGGAAUGGAUAAUCAACAGUCAAAUGGAAGGUUGCCACCAUCUUCGUCAAUUAGCUUAUCAUUAAAUACAGGACACUCAGUAAACAGCCAUACCUUGAAGUCCAAAGUCACUGGGAGAAGCAAGACAUCAUUGCAGAAGAAUUCGUAUAACCCCUCAAUUGAAUCUUCUUCCUCAUUUGAUGGCUAUCACAAUAUGUAUGGGGGAUCUAGCAACUACAUAGAGUGCCUUGAGCAGGAAACUGUGACCCAUGGUGUCGGCAAAGAGGGAAAGAAUGAAGGAAACAAUCCAGAAUAUAAAAAGGAGCCAGUUGAUAGAUUAACUCAGCCCAUACAUGAUGAAAAUGACGUUGAAAAACAUGCUCCCAUUUUUAAGGGCAUAGAUGUUGCUCAGUUGGAAGUGAAUGGGGAGAAGGAAGAAAAAAAUUUUGGACAGGAUGAACAGUUCCCAACUGAAAAGAGAUCGUUUUCAGACUACAAGUCAGUCGAUAAAUUACCACAUAAUGGUUUCAGAAGGCUAGGUACAAUUGGGGGUGUUACCUCCACUAGGGAAGCACUUGGGGUUCAGAUUUCAAAUGGUCGACUAAAGCAUGUCAAGUCACAGUUAUACUACUCAACUGGAAGAAGUGAAUAUUUUGGAAAAAGCCACGACACAGAAAGGGCCACAAAUGUACACAAGCCUAAGAAUGCUGAUAAUAGUGCUAAAACUAUUCAAGAAAAAGAGAACAAAGAAUCUGUAGAUGGAAGUUCCAAUGCUUAUGGUCAAAGUGUUGCAGAAAAUCAAAUGAAAGUGCUAAGAAAUGAAUCUCAUGAUUAUGGAGCUGAAUCAUAUUCCAGAAUUCAGAUGCUGGAGGAAGAGUUACGGGAAGCUGCAACUCUCGAGAUUGGCCUUUACUCUGUGGUUGCUGAGCAUGGGAGUUCUGUUAGCAAGGUUCAUGCCCCGGCUCGCCGCCUUUCUAGAUUCUAUCUUCAUGCAUGCAAAGAAAAAUCCCGGGCUAAACAGGCAAGUGCUGCAAGAGCAUCUAUCUCAGGUUUAGUUUUGGUCUCCAAAGCUUGCGGAAACGAUGUUCCAAGGCUGACUUUCUGGUUGUCGAAUGCAAUCAUGUUGAGAGUUAUCGUCAUCCAAGCUGCUGCAGAAAUAUCAAAUUUAGAGGCAAAGCAUGCAGGAAAAAGUGAUCGCUCUGUCUCUCACUUGGAUUCAAGCUUCCCAAAGAGACAAGAUAGCUUCUCCUCUGUUGAGGAAAGAAAUAGCAAUUCAGUUGAAGAAUCUGAUGACUGGGAGGACAUAGAAACAUUUAUUUUUGCAUUGGAGAAGGCUGAAUCUUGGGUUUUUUCUCGAAUUGUUGAGUCUAUCUGGUGGCAGACUAUAACUCCACACAUGCAGCCGACAGUUGCAAAAACAGGUGGUAGAACUAGGGGCUUAGGUACAAAGAAGAAUAAUGCAAGUGGAUAUGGUUUGGGUGAUCAAGUGCAGGGUAACUUCUCUAUAGAACUUUGGAAGAAGGCUUUCAAAGAUGCCUGUGAAAGGCUUUGCCCAAUUCGGGCAGGAGGACAUGAAUGUGGCUGUUUGCCUGUCAUGGCAAGAUUGGUAAUGGAGCAGUUAGUGAGUCGAUUGGAUGUGGCAAUGUUCAAUGCUAUCCUUCGUGAAUCAGCGGAAGAAAUGCCUUCAGAUCCUGUGUCUGACCCCAUUAGUGAUUCUAGGGUUCUCCCAAUUCCAGCUGGAAAAUUGAGUUUUGGAGCGGGUGUACAACUGAAAAAUGCUAUUGGUAACUGGUCCAGGUGGCUCUCAGAUCUCUUUGGCAUUGAAGAUAGUGAAUCACUCGAGGACAGUGAUACUGCUGGUGAUGACAAGGGAUCUGAAUCCUUCAAGGCUUUUCGUUUCCUCAAUGCUUUGAGUGAUCUCAUGAUGCUUCCUUUGGAGAUGCUUAUGGAUAUACCAACAAGAAAAGAGGUUUGCCCACUACUUGGUCCAACAAUGAUCAAGAAGGUGCUUACUAAUUUUGUUCCAGAUGAGUUCUGCCCAAACCCAAUUCCACUAAGUGUUAUUCAUGCACUGGAUCAUGAGGAUGCUUCGGGUGUUUCUACAGAAUCAAUCACAAGUCACCCAUGCACUGCCCCUCCUACAAUCUAUUCACCUCCCCCGGCAACUUCACUGAUACGUUCUAUCAAAGAGGUUGGAAACAAUAAUAUACAAAGAAGCGGGUCAGCAUUACUCAGAAAAUCGUACACAAGUGAUGAUGAGCUUGAUGAACUUGACACACGCUUGACUAGUAUCAUUGCUGAUAGCUUCCAGAGUUCUGCUGCAAGAAAACUCAACUGGAUACCCAGAGGAAACGGCAAAGGAAAGGUCUCCAGGUAUCAGCUACUUCGAGAGUUAUGGAAAGGUUAUGAAGAGUAAAACCACUCGUAAUUUGUAAAGCAUUAUGUGUAUAUAGAGAGACAUAGAGCCACGAAUUCCGUUGAACUGAUUAAACUUUUGGGGAUAAAACCUGCAGUGACAGGACUCUUGUGCAUUCCUUUUCAUUCAAGUUUGUUUGUAUUUAUUUGGCCCUUUAAGGCAUGCCAAACAGUUUUCUAGAAAUGUUUAUUCAUUAUGGAUCUCUAUGUAAUUAA